AUUUCUCUCUAAGAACUAGAGACACCACCAGAAACCAUGAACACUUUGAUUGUUUUUCUCGGUCUCCUGGCCUACACCCAUGCUGGUCUGCUAGGCGCUGGUCUUGCUGGUCGAGCUGCUUUUGCUCCGGCUGCUUUUGCUCCGGCUGCCUUUGCUCCGGCUGCUGUUGCUCCCGCUGCUGUUGCUCCUAUCGCCGCUUUUGACGCAACUGGUGCUGUUGCUGCUGCUCGGGGCUUGGCUGCACGUGGCGUUCCCGUAGGACGAGCAGCUGCCUCCGUUACCCGUAUUAACCACGGUGGUGUAGGUUUGGGUCUUGGCGUUGGUGGCUAUGGACUAGGACUGGGAGGUGUUGGCAUUGGCGGUUAUGGAUUAGGACUGGGAGGUGUUGGCGUUGGUGGUUAUGGACUAGGACUGGGAGGUGUUGGCGUUGGUGGUUAUGGACUAGGACUGGGAGGUGUUGGCGUUGGUGGUUAUGGACUAGGACUGGGAUAUGGCUAUGGUCUCGGCUUAGGAAAAGGUUUAUUACAUUAAAGCCUCUGCUCUGACUUAAGUGUUAUCGAUCUGCUGUCGUCAACUGAAACUUUCUGUGUUAAUCCACUGAUAUUUGGGGAUGUAAAUUAAUUCGUGUAUCUUCUUAAAUAAACGUUUUCAAGUUAC